GCGCUUGCUGAGCAGAGCUGUCAAGAGGAGUCCCAGGAGGAAAGCUCCACUCUGAUGCAGCUCAAUCACCGAGAGAUGACGGGUGAUGAGCUCAAUGAGUUGAACGAGGGUCUUCCAUGGUGGGUCAAGAAGAAGAUCAUUGACUCACGUCGACAGAGUCACCCACCAGCUCCUCCUCCCCCGGCACCUCCACGCUAUCCUUGCUCCAUCGCAGAGCCGCAGUCGCCACGCAACGUGAGCAAAGAUUUCGUGGGAUUGUUGCCUCCGAAAGUGCAGCCCGUCGGUUUGUACGAUGAGUUCCCCAAUCUGAUCCACGUGAACACGCACUUUCACUUGGGUGGUGAACACCAAAACGUGGAUGAGGGGGGCUAUUCCCUCAACUAUACCGAUGCCGGGCUUGCAGGGAAUAUCGUUCCGAAUGACAUCCGCCCAGGAUAUUUUUGCGCUCCAGUGAGCCAGGAACCAGAAAUGGGUGACAACUGGACCUUGGCUGAUUACAACUGGACAUCUUGCAAAAAUGUGAAGAUGGGCUACACCUAUGAGUUUCACUGGGUCCAUUCCACGGCCGGGCCCAUUGAUGGGGUUUUGUCGGGCGGCUUGGGUGGUGUCUUCAAUCGAUCCAUAAAUCCAACGGCCUUUGUGCGAGGACAGAUCUGUCGCAUCGUGAACUGGCCAGAACAAGAAUACAAGAUGUUCAACACGACCUGGCGUGAACCAGUCAGAGACUCAGUGGUGUACAUUGGCUCCACCACCGGUACGUCCUACGACAACUACAAAUGUUCUCCAGCCGAAGUGACAUGGCACGUGGAUCGAGAGUGCUGCAUUCUGUCGGCGCAGAACAUGGACCGUAUGUGCGCAGACUUGUUGGAGUAUGGCCGAAACAUGGGGGGUGAUGUGCAACCCGCACCAUCUCGUCUUCUUGUUGCACCCUUUAUCUCGGACACCAACGCGCUUGCAGAGCAGAGCUGUCAAGAGGAGUCCCAGGAAGAAAGCUCCACUCUGAUGCAGCUCAAUCACCGAGAGAUGACGGGUGAUGAGCUCAAUGAGUUGAACGAGGGUCUUCCAUGGUGGGUCAAGAAGAAGAUCAUUGACUCACGUCGACAGAGUCACCCAGAUAUAUCAGGAUAUUUUUGCGCUCCAGUGAACUAUGAACCAGACAAUGUCAGCUGGACCUUGGAUGAUUACAACUGGACAUCUUGCAAAAAUGUGAAGAUGGGCUACACCUAUGAGUUUCACUGGGUCCAUUCCACGGCCGGGCCCAUUGAUGGGGUUGUGUCGGGCGGCUUUGGUGGUGUCUUCAAUCGAUCCAUAAGUCCAACGGCCUUUGUGCGAGGACAGAUCUGUCGCAUCGUGAACUGGCCAGCUCAAGAAUACAAGAUGUUCAACACGACCUGGCGUGAACCAGUCAGAGACUCAGUGGUGUACAUUGGCUCCACCACCGGUACGUCCUACGACAACUACAAAUGUUCUCCAGCCGAAGUGACAUGGCACGUGGAUCGAGAGUGCUGCAUUCUGUCGGCGCAGAACAUGGACCGUAUGUGCGCAGACUUGUUGGAGUAUGGCCGAAACAUGGGGGGUGAUGUGCAACCCGCACCAUCUCGUCUUCUUGUUGCACCCUUUAUCUCGGACACCAACGCCUCGUUCAUUGCCAACUACACCUCGACAUGA